GUGACCAGGAGCAGCAGUGAUGGCGGACGCGGAGUUGGCGCUUGAUCUGACUGAAGACCGUAAACACGAGGAUACGGAGGAUACACCGGUCGGUGAAGGAGACGAGGAGCCGCAGCAGACGCAGGACAACACGAAUGGAGUCAAAACGGAAGUUGAAGAGGCGCCCAAAGAGAAAGAUGAGCCAAAAGAGAAGAGCUCAGGGGGCCGAAAGUCCAGCCGCUUCCAUCCCUAUAAAGACAGACAGGGCGGUCCUGGAGAGAAGAAGAGCGCCCAGAAGAACCACCGAGUGUUCGUCAGCAAUAUCCCGUAUGACAUGAAGUGGCAGGCAAUAAAAGAUCUAAUGCGUGAGAAAGUUGGUGAGGUAACAUACGUGGAGCUCUUUAAGGAUGCUGAAGGAAAGUCAAGGGGUUGUGGUGUGGUGGAGUUCAAAGAUGAAGAGUUUGUGAAGAAGGCCAUUGAAGUCAUGAACAAACACAAUCUGAACGGACGGCCGCUGAACAUUAAAGAGGAUCCUGAUGGUGAACAUGCUCGCCGUGUUCUGCAGAGAUCCGCUGGGAAGUUCAGUGGGGUCAGGGGGCAGGAGACCGGUCCUGGGGGAAUGAAUGUGCCCCCCUCUAUCGCCAACAACCCCAACGUUCCCCCUGAGAUCAUCAGCGCGCUGCAGGCCGGACGUCUGGGAACUACAGUGUUUGUGGCGAAUCUGGACUUUAAGGUGGGCUGGAAGAAAUUGAAGGAGGUGUUUGGCAUGGCCGGAACGGUGCGGAGGGCAGACGUGAAGGAGGACAAAGAUGGCAGGAGUCGAGGGAUGGGGACCGUCACUUUUGAGCAGUCUCUGGAGGCCGUACAGGCCAUCUCCAUGUUCAACGGUCAGAUGUUGUUUGACAGACAGAUGCAUGUGAAGAUGGAUGAUAAAUGUCUUCCUCCAGAUGAUUUCCGUCCGGCAGAGAAACAGUCACAGUUGCCCAGAGGUCUGGGUGGCAUUGGUUUGGGUUUGGGUCCCGGCGGGCAGCCAAUAAAUGCCAACCGUCUCAGUGGAGGAGUCGGCGGCUCCAUGGGACCUGAAGGGAUGGACGGGCCGGCUUAUGGAGGGAUGAACUGUAUGACAGGAAUGGGUGGAGGUUUUUCAGGGAUGGACUGCGGGGGUGGAAUGGGAGGAUUUGGCAGAGACAUGGGACCCAUGAGCCGCAUGGGAGAUAUGUAUGGUUCAGGAAUGGACAGAGACUUCGGCAGGAGUGAUCUGGGAAUGAACCGCCCGUUUGGAGCUCUGGGUGGAGGUUAUGGUCGCAUGGGGCCUAUGAGCUCUGGAUUAGGUGGUGGAAUGGGAAAUAUGGGAAUGGACCGUAUGAACACUGGAUUUGAUCGGAUGGUAGGAAAUAUGGACAUGGCCCGUGGCUUUGGCCAGUAUGGAGGUGGCUUAGGUCCCAUGGGUGGAAUGAUUGACAGGGGGGCGGGGUCUAAGGCAGGAUGCCAGAUCUUUGUGAGAAACCUCUCAUAUGAUCUCAGCUGGCAGAAAUUAAAGGAACACUUCAGUCAUUGUGGCCAGGUGAUGUAUGCAGAAAUAAAGAUGGAGAACGGCAAAUCUAAAGGAUGUGGAACAGUCCGAUUUGACUCUCCAGAGAGCGCUGGGAAAGCCUGUCGAAUGAUGAACGGAACCAAGAUCAACGGACGAGAGGUUGAUGUUCGUAUUGACCGCAACGCUUGAGCACACCCACUUACUGACCACCACUUUUGUUUUGUUUUAAAAACAAACAUCAUGACUUUCAUAACUCCAGUACACCAGCUGAUUUCACUCUGUGUUUGUGACUCUUUUGUUUUGUAAACCCUUUUUAAUUAGUCUCUUUAAAUGACAUUUUUAAGAAUUAAAGUUGGGUGUAAAUCA